UAUCCAGCUGUCACUGUCAUCCUUCAAUCCCGCGUAUGGUUGCGGGUAAGAUUUGUUUUGAUUUUGCUCGUUUUAUUGACACGCAACUUCGCGAUGACUUCCGUCAGCAAAAAAUCCGGCGGUUCAACAGAAACUACGUCCAAAGGAGCUUCAGUGAAUUUUGUGGGACUACAGAAAAUCUUUCAAGAUUCACUAAAAACCGCAUUUGAAACGGACAACGUAAAAGUCCUGAAAACCGAAUAUGAUGCGCUGAAGCACAACAAUGACUCCGACAAAAAGCCGGCCCUGGACCAGAUGUUCCGUGAGAUGCUCCUAUUCCAUCUGAUAAAUGAUGUGGAGAAAGUGGGAAAACUGAUCGCGUUGUCGGUAGAAGCCGCGCGCGAGGAUAUGGUUUCGACCACGAUCCCGGUGGUUCUACUUGGGGACGCAUUUGAUGCGGUCACCUUAGAAAAAUGUGAGCAAAUAUUCGCAUUUGUCGAAGACAAGGUGGCUGUGUGGAAGGAGGAGAUUUUCUUCACUGCCUGCAAGAACAAUUUGCUGAGGAUGUGCAACGAUUUGCUUCGGCGGUUGUCCAGAUCACAGAAUACGGUCUUCUGUGGGCGCAUUCUGCUCUUCUUGGCAAAAUUCUUCCCUUUCUCCGAGCGUUCCGGUCUUAAUAUAAUCUCCGAGUUCAAUCUGGACAACAUCACAGAAUAUGGUGCAGACGGAAAAGAUAUGGGGGAGGGACUGGGCGACACCGUGGAAGACGUACCAGUCCAGAUCGACUACAAUUUAUAUUGCAAGUUCUGGUCCCUUCAGGAUUACUUCCGCAACCCAAAUCAAUGUUACAACAAAGUUCAAUGGAAAACAUUUGCCAGCCAUGCCUCGAGCAUCCUAUCCGCCUUCAGUAGCUUUAAACUGGAAGAACCGCGCACUAACUCCAGUCAACACAAACGAAAAGCAUCGGAGGUAAUGGAGGUGGACGAACACUUCGCAAAGCCACAGCAUUUCUUCGCAAAAUUCCUCACAAAUCCCAAACUCCUGGCUCUACAGUUAUCAGAUUCGAAUUUUCGACGUUCUGUGCUCGUCCAGUUUCUCAUCUUGUUCCAGUAUCUAUCCUCGACUGUAAAAUUCAAAGCCGAAUCCUUCAACCUCACGUCGUCCCAAACUGAGUACAUCAAGGAAACAGAGGCGAAAGUUUAUAAACUUAUCGAGGAGACUCCGCCCGAAGGCAAGAAAUUCGCAAAAACCGUCCAACAUAUGCUGCAACGUGAGGAAUUAUGGAACAACUGGAAGAACGAUGGCUGCAAGGAAUUCAAGCGACCGGAAGCCCCGGAAGAUACUGGAAAGAGUCCUCCGAAGAAAGCUAAGCGACCAUUGGGAGAAUAUGUAAUGGAGUCACAUCGGCAAGGGAAAUUCUAUAUGGCAAACAACGAGUUGACACGAUUAUGGAAUCUAUCUCCCGACAACUUGCAAGCAUGUAAAGGAGAAGAUCGCAAUUUCUUGCCACCACUCGAAACCUAUCUGGAAAAUCCAAAAGAAAAGAGCGACCCAUCAUUUGAAUGGCGAGCACUCCGCCUACUUGCCCGACAAUCGCCUCACUUCUUCACCCUAUUCAACGCACCAUCAUACCGGGUAUCAGAUUAUUUAGAAAGCGUGCGCAAGAAGAUUCAGAAAGAUAAGAUCGAAAUAAAGAUCGAAGCAACCGAAGGCACAUCCACUGCAGAGCCUGUUGAGCAUGAAAGUGUCGCUCUGGAAGAGCAAGACGAUCCUGAACUCCUCAAAACAGAGCAGUUAACACCAGAUGACAAAAACACACAUAAAACCAAUCCUGUUACGAAGGAGAAUAUCGUAGAGAUUUCUGGCAAAAUAGGAUCGGAUUGGAAAAAAUUAGGGAAGAAGUUGGGCUAUUCAGCUGAUGAAUUGCUCUUCUUUGAGACGGAAAACCCAACGACAACAAGUCAAUGCAAGGCCAUGCUAAGCAUUUGGUUUGAAGACGAUGAUGACGCUUCGCUCGAUAACUUGGCGUAUAUUCUAGAAGGACUAGAUUUGCAUGUGGCGGCUGCAGCUGUGAAAAGAAUUAUUGAUCCACCAAAUAAAAUGGAGGACAUUUCAGAUUGAAUUAGUUGUUUAGGACAUUUCUAAAUUUUAGAUCGUAAGUUUUAAAACAGAGUUCAGCUAUGAAUAUUUUGGAGUCAACAGUGAAAAGCUUGCUCGGUAAUAAAAUCAUGAAAUAAAACAAG